CUCUGUACUCAAUUGCUACAGAAAAGGAAAGAAUCAUGAACUGGUUGCAUUUGGUCAGUGCUCUGCUCCUACUGAACUUGGGUUACUAUGUGUGUGCUGAAGAUGACAAUGAGCCAACCUGUGGAAAAUCUGUUGUGGGCACCAGUCGCAUUGCGGGUGGGCAUGAAGCCAAGAAGGGGGAAUUUCCUUGGCAAGUAGCUGUGUGGCUUCCUGGUAAAGUCUUCUGUGGUGGGACUCUCAUCAGCGAUUCCUGGGUCCUGUCUGCAGCUCAGUGCUUAGAUAGAGAAAAUGCCUCCUCUGCCGUUGUCAUUCUUGGAGCCAAUAAACUAUCUGGAAACCACAAAGAGGAAACUGCCAUCCCAGCGAAAACACUCAUUAUACAUCCUAAUUACUAUCUCUCAAACAUCAGUGGUGAUAUUGCCCUGAUAGAACUUGAAAGACCUGUGCAGUACACAAACUACAUCCUCCCACUGUGUCUUCCCCCACCCACAAUAUCAUUUACACCAGGACAGCUUUGUUAUGUGACUGGCUGGGGAAAAAUGAGGUUUAACAGCAGUGAUCCAAUUUCGAACGUCUUGCGUGGGGCAGAAGUGCGCUUGAUAACGUCAGAGCUUUGCAAGGAUUAUUAUAUGAUGAAGAAUGAUUAUAACAUAACUGCAGAUCUGAUUACCAAUGAUACCAUAUGUGCAAGGGACAUCCAUGGUGUUCACAGGAUCUGCAACGGUGAUGGAGGUGGGCCCCUUGCAUGUUCUGCAGGUGACAGUUGGUACGUGAUGGGAAUAGUCAGUAUUGUCUUUCGCUGUGGAGAAAUAGGGCAUCCUGGGGUUUACACGUCUGUUCCUUACUAUAUGGACUGGAUACGAACGCAUGUUACUAGUUCUGCAAUAAGAAUAGGACCAAUAUCUGGAGUGGAACUAAAUCAGCUAAGUUUGAUGUCGUUUCUCCAGUCGUUAUGCUGGAUGAUUAUUAGAGAGUCAUGGUUGGUUCUGAUUGUGAGUGCUGCUAUUUGGCUGGGAUGUUGAUCUCUGGAGAUGACUGGGAGACAGCAACACUCUAAGUUGCACAAUCUUCGGGCUACAAAGUUUUGGAAUACCUGAUACUUGUCAUACUAUAUAUUGAUUUACCCUUCCAUGCUGCACCAUUGUGUAAAGUUCUGUGAGCAUUACGAUACCUAAAUGUCUACAUAAUAGUAUUAAAGUUUAGGCAAACCCUCCUUAAUAAGGCCAUAAAUCAUCACUGCCGUACUGUGAGAUAAACCAUUCAGUGUGCACAUGCUCUUGUCUAAGAAAUGUAUCACAUUUUAUUCAAUUUCUUCUGUAUGUGAAUUUACGAUAAUCAUAACGGUACAGUAUAAUAAACUGUAAACUAAUUAACAAUA